CAUUCCCUCUCCCUACCCCCACCGAAUUCUAGUGCCUAUUUCUGUACAAAGCCAAAUGCACUUACCAUUUGCCCUUUGUGCUUUAAAAUUUUGGCGCUUUCUGUCCUUUUUUCAACUCCAUGUCCCAUGAAGUAAAGUUAAUGCAAGAAUAAAAGGAAAGUAGGCACCAGGAUAUCUAGUACUACACAAUAUUCCUGACUUGAAGAUCCAAGACAGAUACUCUCCCUCCCAUUGCAACAAAUGGAAUAUGAAUGUAGCCCUCUUGGCUGGGAAUUCUACCACCAGGAAGAGGGGCUAGAGGACUUGAGACAUUCUCUUCUGUACACAACCUUGGAGCUAGAUGCAACAAUUGCAUCAGCCAAGGAGGAGAUUACCAGAAGAGAAUGUGAGUUGAUCCGUGUGAAUGAUCUCUUAAGCAGGGUGAUGAAGGAGAGAGAUGAGGCUGAAGCAAAAUGCCAGAAGCUAAUGCUUGAAAAGCUAGAGCUCCAGAAAGAACUCCAGCGGCAGGAACAACAAAUAGUUCAAAGACAGCAAAGAGACAGCAUAUCAGAGAGUGAAGAAGAGGUGCAAGAAGUGCUCUCUGAGAAGCAUUCUGCUUCCUCUGACUGUGAAGAAAACAGCAUGAGCAUGCCCUCUUGUGGUGGAAGUCCAACAGCACUGCAGGUGGUGUUGGAGUUAGCCGAAAAGAAAGCAUUGCCUGAGAAAGGAAAACUUCUGAAGGCAGUGGUUGAAGCUGGACCACUGCUUCAGACCCUUCUCUUGGCAGGACCACUCCCACAGUGGCAACACCCUCCUCCACAACUCAACUCCAUUGAGAUCCCUCCGGUGGCCAUUUCACCUCAUGACUCUACCAAAACCACUUUCCCUUUCAACAACAACAAGAGGGACCUCCCUCUCUCUCCAGCCACUGACUCUCCACUUUCAAAGACUAGAAAGCUCACACCUACCACCCUACCACACCCAUCAUUUUCAUAAUCUUUCACCUCCAAAGCAAAUCACACUCAAACACAUCACCUCAACUUUGUCCUCUUAUCAACAAACUCUGACCUACUUUUCUGUGAUGGAAAAAAGACACUCCAACUCCAUUAGUCCAUUUUUAGCGUUUAAUGUUUCCCUAAUCUUAUCUUAUUAUGUAUAUAUAAGGUCCAGUGGGGUAAAAUUCUCUCAAAAUUGAUGGGAAUUAAGUAACCUCGUCCAAGUUAUCACACAAUUUUGUACUUUGGUAGAGAUUAAUUAGUCUAUUAGGGGGUGAUGUAACCAACUACAACCAGGCUUGGCUUCAAAUGGCUUAGUUUUAAUUAAAAGGCUAUUGUUGUGCUCGUAUUAUUUUUCUUAAGUUGUUGCUUUCCAUGCUUAGUACAAUAAUGAUACUUUAGUAUCAGCGACCUGCAAGCAAUCAUAUAUCUUCCAAGAAUUUUUCUUUCC